ACGGGCGCCUCUACUGCGCCUCAGGUGCACGCUGCGAAUCGGGAAGUGUGCUGGGAAAUCAAUGCCAAAACCGAGUUAAGAGGCUUCAAACAUGGCAGAGGAUGUCCGGUAUUGUGCGAGGUGCUCCUACGUCUUCCUCAAGAUAGCUUUAGUUGUGUAUUCCACGGUUUUCUGGAUGAUAGGUAGCUUUAUAUUUGCCAUCGGCAUUUAUGCAGAGGUGGAACGGCAGCGCUACAAAACUCUGGAAGGGGUCUUCCUCGCCCCAGCCAUCAUGCUCAUAGUGCUGGGGUUAAUUAUGUUUGUUGUUUCCUUCAUCGGUGUGCUGGCAUCGCUCAGAGACAACCUGACCCUCCUCAAAGUGUUCAUGUACGCCCUGGCUUUGUGUCUCAUGUUGGAGCUCCUGGGUGGAAUUCUUGCACUGAUGUUCAGGAACCAGACGCUGGACAUUCUGAACCAAAAUGUCCGUAAGGGCAUGAUGAAUUACUAUGAUGAUCUAGAUUUCAAAAACAUCAUGGACUUUGUUCAGAGAAAGUUCCAAUGUUGUGGUGGCCUGGAAUACACAGACUGGACGGUGAACAUGUACCACAACUGCUCAGCACCUGGACCUCUGGCUUGUGGAGUGCCUUACACCUGUUGCAACAGCAAGCCAAAUGAGGUUGUGAAUACACUAUGUGGAUACAAAAUGCUUGAAAAAGAGAGAUUUCACAUUUCAGACAUCAUCUAUGUGCGUGGUUGCACUGAUGCUGUCUUCAUUUGGUUAAUGGAUAACUACAAAACUAUGGCUGGACUGCUUCUAGGCAUAUUUAUCCCUCAGUUUUUUGGGGUGAUUGUGACCUGGCUGUAUAUCACUCGUGUGGAGGAUGCCAUCGUGGAGUAUGGGGUCUACCAGAGCAACCUGAUUGAAAAUGCGCCACAGCAGACCAAGAAACGGGGCAAGGUUGCGAAGUGGUACAAGUGCAUGCCUGUGAUUGAUUGACCUCAGAUUGACCCUGACCUCAGAGGCCUUGUUUCUAUACUGGACCAAAGAACAUCACCCCAUAGUACAUGACUCCUUCCACCAUGUGGUAGAUGUAUGAAUAGUGAAAGCACAGUUUCAUUAAUACACGUUAGAUACUUUCUGACAGUCUUUGAGGUUCCUCUGACCACCAGUAACGGUUUACAGUGGGGGACAAAACAGUACUUAUUUCCUUAAGACUGCAGUGCACUGAAGUUGUCCUUUUGAAAGUGUACUUAAAAUAUUACAUUUACUUUUAUGAUGAUGGAUAAACAAAAGAAAGUAUGACUAUUAUACAGUGCCAGAAUUCAACAGUAACAUGGACAGUAGCCCUUAUCCAUCAAAGUGGCGUACGGUCAAGUCUGGUCGUAAAAUGACAAUUUUGUUACAAGUUUUUUUUUGCAUUGGUGUAUUUGUACAAUCAAACUCACAUCUGGUAGGAGUGCAUGUACAUAAUAUUUGACAACCUGAAACAAAAUGCAGCUAACAAACCAAAUCAAUUUCAUCUACAAAGUAAAUACUUGCAAUAACAAAGUUCUUAUUUUACGUGCACAUUGAUAAAUACAAAAAAUCUAUUCCACAUUCUAUUUUAAGACAUUUUGCACUGUACUUUAGUUUUUUUUACUACUGACACAACCCUAAAAUCAUUAAAGGUGGUCAAAUCUACACUCCCUUUUAAUAAUGAUGAACAUUGGCCAUUGAUCCAAUGUACCAUUUGAUAUUCAUAUUAUUUCUUUUUUUGUGCACUUUUGCAAAUAUUCCUCAUAACUAUACACUUUAUACAGUUUCUGCGCAACUGCAGGCAUGCCUUAAUAUAACAAAUACGUUAAGUUUUGCUUCUCAAUGGAAUAUUUUUGAAGCAUGGUAUACUGAAUUUUUAAAGGCCGGAAAUACUUGCUUGGUGCUGUGAGUGUAUCUUGCUUAAUCUGUCUAGUGUGAAGCAGCGGCCUUGGGUGCUAAAGCUCUAAAGGGAAGAACUACCUCCCUAAUUCCCUGCAUUAAAGACGCUACAUCCAAGUUCAGUACCUGCUUAUGACCUGUGAUUUUGUCAUCGUUGCUUUUUACUCUUCUCUGUUUUGUUGCAGUUUCUUUUGAGUUUGUUCUCCAUCUGGAGUCAUAUGCACAAUACCAAUGUGCACAAAACCACAAAUCAGGGCCUUGUAUUUCUCAGUGGCAUGGCUGAUGUUUCUCAGGCAUCUUUAAACAUAAAAAGACAUCUAAUCACAUCUAUUUGCGGUUGUGUUGCAGAGGCACAGACCUCAAACCUGGUCAUUUACAGAGGAUACAUGACUUUUCUUUGAUGGAGUAUAUUAGAUUAUUUGAGAUGACUGCUGGAAACCUAUCUAUACAAGAAAUGUAAUACUGCUCAGCAAAUAUAAUUGUCUUUUAAGAAAAAUGUAUAAAGCAUGGGUUUAUAUCUCUGAGAUUUCAUGUUAGUUUUACAAACUUGUAUAUAGAAGGUUAAAUUGAGGAUUGAUGUACUGUCUUUUUCUGGAGGCCUGAAUAUAGUCUUCUGUAUUUGUGGACUGGGUCUUUAUUCAUUUUUAAUCUGUGGUGUAUGUAUAGACUUUUCAAACAAUUGCUCAUGAUGCAACCCCUCAGCAUGAAAAGCAGCAUGCAGAAUGAAUAAAUGAUGUUUCUACAGC